AUGAAGAGUUCUACUCAACCCUAAAUUCUUAUCAGUCCAAUUCCAAAAUAGUAAUUAACAGAGGAAGAUGAUGAAUUACCUAAUCCAAUGUUGGAUUCAAUUAUUUCUUAGAAAUCUCAAACAUCAUAUCCUGGUCUUGGAAGAUAGAUAAAAUUAAAAUUAAACUCAAACUCAAAUAGAAGUGGCAAACGAAAAGAUUCUUUUAAAUAGCAUUAUUAAGUCAGAAAUAUCAGUUAAGAAUGCAAAAAUGGUACAAUUAAAAACCAAUAUAAACAAAUUGAUAAUUUAUUCCCCUUAUUAAAAUUAGUUUAGUUGAAUUAGAGGUAAAAUAAAACUGAAUGUUUUAAUGGAGAAGAAGUGACGAUUGAUUAAAAGGUAUACUUUAUUAAAACUAAUGAAAUUCUAAAUAUUUUUCAAAAGGCUGCUGAAGGGUUUACUAUAUCAUAUGAAGAGGUAGAAGGCUGUUAAGGUAAAAGCAUGAAAUAGAGUGUUUCAAUUUCAGAAAAAAUGAUGAAAUCUAUGAAAGCAAUUAAAACCUUUAAGAAAGCAAAAAAUAAAAUAAAAUCCUUUAUUUCAGUCUCUGAAGUUUCAAAAUAUACUGAAGAAGAGAUUAAGUAUAAAUAGCAAGUAGAUAAAAUAAACUUAUUCUUUAAUGACAAUUCCAUUAUUUAAAAAAGUGAUCAUCAAUUAGGAGAGUAAAUCAUUAAAACUAAGUCUCAGUCUCCAACGAAAGAGUAAAUUGGUCAAUCAUAAUUUUUAUAUUAAGAAAAGGUAGAGCAUUCGAAUCAAUAAGCACCAAAAAGAUAUUCUAAUAUUAUUUAAAGCUCUAAAACUAUUUUAAAAAGAACAUCAUAUGUAGUUGGAGUAUUUUUAUUAAUUUUCAUUAUGGCAUAUAUUAAAACUGUAAAUGGUGAACCAAAUACUAUUGAAGAUUUGUGA